AUGAUGAAAUAUUCGUUUAAGACUUUGGUCUUUCUUCUUGCUCUAUGCGUCAUCAGAGGUAUAGCUCAAUCCUCCUCAUCAACCGAUUCGAUACUCACCAUUCAAACUUCACCUCCUGAACCUACCUCGUCAUCGACUUCUGUUUCUUCAUCUUCUUCUUUGACAUCUUCUUUGACUGCGAAUUCAGGUUCAAGUUCAAGUAACGGAACGACCUCAUCUUCACAACCUACUUCAACAUCAAGUACCAGUUCUGGUAUUCUCCAAAACUGUCAAGAUGAUUGUCAGGAUAUAUCCAGCGCUUUAGCUUCAUGCGGAGCAGGUGACGCUCUGAACGCUACUUGCCUUUGUACACCCAUAAUAGAAGCAAAUUACGUUUCAUGUCUUCAAUGUGGAUUAAUGCUAACACCGACUGAAAGUGAAAGACAAGUUUACCAAGCUAUCCUGGAUUCAUAUAUCAAUCAAUGUGCAACUGCACCUUCCUUCCCAGUCUCUUUGCCAAAUAUUACGAUAACACUCCCAUCAUCCUCCAUAUCAGGCUCAAAUUCAGCAUCAAUAUCCCUUUCCUCGGCUAGUUCAGGUGUUUCAUCAGUAUCAAUAACCUCCACAAGUGCUUCUUCUAUUUCAGCUUCUUCUUCCGUACAGAUCUCUUAUCCGUCCUCGAUAAUCUCUCACACAGUCAUAACCUCAACCAUAACAACUUCACCUUCAAGUUCAACUAGACCGAGUGCAACAGGCGGAAACUCAGGUGGAGCAAGAAGGACGGGUGGUGGUGGUGGUAAUAUGAUGACUAUGGGACUAGCAGGUGUAGUAGGUGCUGUUAUAGCUGCUGCUGUAAUUUAG